CGGAACUGAAGCUAAAUCUGAAUCUUGACUGUGCCUCUUCUUGUCUCUAUGAUCUUGGGAAACGGAAAUAUGACCAAAUCGUACAGCGAGAGCGGGCUGAUGGGCGACCCCCAGCCCCAAGGUCCCCCAAGCUGGACGGAUGAGUGUCUCAGUUCUCAGGACGAGGAGCACGAAGCAGACAAGAAGGAGGACGACCUGGAAGCCAUGCACGCGGAGGAAGACUCGUUGCGGAACGGGGGAGAGGAGGACGACGAGGAUGAGGACCUGGAAGAAGAGGAAGAAGAAGAGGAAGAGGAUGAUCAGAAGCCCAAGAGACGCGGCCCCAAAAAGAAAAAGAUGACCAAGGCGCGCUUGGAGCGUUUUAAACUGAGGCGCAUGAAGGCGAACGCGCGCGAGCGGAACCGCAUGCACGGGUUGAACGCGGCGCUGGACAACCUGCGCAAGGUGGUGCCCUGCUACUCCAAGACGCAGAAGCUGUCCAAGAUCGAGACCCUGCGCCUUGCCAAGAACUAUAUCUGGGCGCUCUCGGAGAUCCUGCGCUCAGGCAAAAGCCCUGACCUGGUCUCCUUCGUGCAGACACUCUGCAAGGGCCUGUCGCAGCCCACCACCAACCUGGUGGCGGGCUGCUUGCAGCUCAACCCUAGGACUUUUCUGCCUGAGCAGAACCAGGACAUGCCGCCGCACCUGCCCACGGCCAGUGCUUCCUUUCCCGUGCACCCCUACUCCUACCAGUCUCCGGGGCUGCCCAGCCCGCCCUACGGCACCAUGGACAGCUCCCACGUCUUCCACGUGAAGCCGCCGCCGCACGCCUACAGUGCCGCUCUGGAGCCCUUCUUCGAAAGCCCCCUGACCGACUGCACCAGCCCCUCUUUUGACGGACCUCUCAGUCCUCCGCUCAGCAUCAAUGGCAACUUCUCUUUCAAACACGAACCGUCCGCCGAGUUUGAAAAAAAUUAUGCCUUUACCAUGCACUAUCCUGCAGCGACCCUGGCAGGGCCCCAAAGCCACGGAUCAAUCUUCUCGGGCGCUGCUGCUCCUCGCUGCGAGCUCCCCAUAGACAAUAUUAUGUCCUUCGAUAGCCAUUCACAUCAUGAGAGAGUCAUGAAUGCCCAGCUCAAUGCCAUCUUUCACGAUUAGAGGCACGUCGGUUUCAUCAUGCCCGGGGAAACGAACCCACUGUGCUUACAGUGCCGGUCCUGUUUACAAAAGGCAGCCCUCUCGGUACUACUGCUGCAAAGUGCAAAUACUCCAAGCUUCAAGUGAUAGAUGUAUUUAUUGUCGUUACUGCCUUUGAAAGAAACGGGAUCAAACUUCCUGUUCACCUUAUGUAUAAUUUUCUAUAGCUCUUCUAUUUUAAAAGAUAGUACAGUAAAGCUUAAAAAAAAAGUGCACCACGAAUUUGGUGUAGCUGUAUUCAGAUCAUAUUAAUUAUCUGAUCGGGAUAACAAAAUCACAAGCAAUAAUUAGGAUCUAUGCAAUUUUUAAACUAGUAAUGGGCCAAUUAAAAUAUAUAUAAAUAUUUUUCAACCAGCAUUUUACUACUUGUUACCUUUCCCAUGCUGAAUUAUUUUGUUGUGAUUUUGUACAGAAUUUUUAAUGACUUUUUAUAAUGUGGAUUUCCUAUUUUAAAACCAUGCAGCUUCAUCAAUUUUUAUACAUAUCAGAAAAGUAGAAUUAUAUCUAAUUUAUACAAAAUAAUUUAACUAAUUUAAACCAGCAGAAAAGUGCUUAGAAAGUUAUUGUGUUGCCUUAGCACUUCUUUCUUCUCUAAUUGU